AUGGCGUCUUUACUUGGCAAGAAAGUGUUAGAAAUACAUGGCCAGGGUCCCCCUCCUACAAAAUAUUUUUUUCAGCUUACUGUCACUAAAACUGAGGUAUAUUCUUAUAUUUGAUCAUCCAUCUGAUAUAUAUCUUGGAAUUGCAGAGAGUUAAAAACAAAUAAAGUAAACUUUAUCUGCACAAUGCUGGACUGUGGCUGUGGAGAAAGGCUACACAUCAGGACAGCAGGCAUGGUAUACAGCACUGUAUUUGGUAGUGUUGCUCUCCGUUGACAUGAUUGUACUUUUAAGUGCUACAUAUCAACCUCAUGUAUCUGACAUUUGUUUCUGCAAGUAAAUUGUCUGUUUCAACAUGCUUUGAACAUAGAUUAAUUACAUGGCUCUGAUGAUUGGAGAGAACUGAGUUGUAUAACAUUUUACAUUUUAGUCAUUUAGCAGACGCUCUUAUCCAGAGCGACUUACAGUUAGUAUAACAGCCCUGGCUAUGUAUUUUUGAAUUUUUCUUCAGGUGAUAUGGAGAUCGUGGAAGAUUUCUUUGAGGAUUGAAUUCAAGGGUGCUGCACCUGGAGAAAAUAAGAUGACCCACGAUGACUAUUUGCCUGAUGCCCGCCUGCAGCGUAAGGUUUCCAUUACAAGUCUCUGCCAUUAAAUAUUAAGCCUACAUCACCUACUGUAUUUGUUUUUGUGUUGAUACACGUGGUUCUGUUGGUGUCUUGAAAAGUGCACUGCCCUGAGUAGGUAUGUACUCUCUGUCUCUAGAACAGGUAGGUGUGGUGUUUGGCCAUCAGAUCCUACAGUACACCCAAGCACUGUGCCAAGGGAACUUUGACUACCUGGAGCGCCUGCCCAAUGACCUACUGCUCCAAAUCCUUCAUGGAAAUGAAGGACGUAGCACAGAUGGCACAGACCACAAAGAGGUUCCACAAGGUGAGCCUGGGCUUUACAAACCCAAAGGACCAGUUUCCCAGAUAAAAAUUAAAUCUACUGGACUAAAAAGCUUAAUCUGAAGAGAAUUUCCAUUGACAUGGCUUGCUUUUAAAUCCAGGACUAGCCUUAAUGUGUCCAGGAAACCAGUCCAUAGUGUGUACCCAAAUAAUUUACAAAAGCACAUUUUACUUUCAUAUACACAUUAUUUCAUUAAGGGCCCUGAGUUUUUCCUGACCAUGUGAACGGACAAGGAAAACCUCAGGGCCCUAGUUAGGCUAUAACACGGUCUGGAAAACAUAAUCUGGGUUUAGUUAAUGAGCUAGUGUGUGUGUCUGUGUGUGUGUGUGUGUGUGUGUGUGUGUGUGUGUCUGUGUCUCUGUCUGUCUGUGUCUCUGUCUGUCUGUGUCUCUGUCUGUCUGUGUCUCUGUCUGUCUGUCUGUCUGUGUGUCUGUGUGUGUGUGUGUGUGUGUGUAUGUGUGUGUGCACUGCAACUCUCCAGAGUUCUGGGAACAGACUGUGAGGGGUCGCUGUGAUGAACUCACACCUGACAUGGAGGCCCUAGCCAACGCCAUGGGCUUAAGGAAGAUAUUCUUUACCUUCUUCAACACCAAAGAGCACCAGCAGUAUGUACAUGGAGGUAGCUAGACACUUAAACAAGACAGUGUUACUCCUCUCAUAAUAAAGAUUUGGAAAUGUAACUUUCUCUGCCAGUAGCACAAGGAAUUAUUUAUGUAUUUGAAUGGUGUGUUGUGUCUCUUUGUGUUUAAAAUGCACUAUUGAUUGAUCUAUGUUAUGUGAAUGUGUCUUUCAGGGCUUUUUUAUUCUCUCUGUACCUUCGAACAAAUAACAUUCAAUUAUUUAGUCUUGGUUUCUGUCAUUGCAUUUGAUUUCUAAUCCAGUAUGUUGUAUGCACUAUUUACAAGUAAAGCCAUACUAUUAUUGAAUGCAUGUUGCAAAGAAAUUGUUGAGGUGUUUAUUAAAUGAGAGUUUUUUUGACCAACAUACGUUGUAUCAGUGUGCUACUCUGGGUGUGACUGUGGAUGGUGUUCUUCAGUUGAAAUGAGAUACUUGGUCAAGUACAGUGGUGGAAAAAGUACCCAAUUGUCUUACUUGAUUAAAAGUAAAGAUACCUUAAUAGAAAAUUACUCACGUAAAAGUGAGUCACCCAGUAAAAUACAACUUUAGUAAAAGUCUAAAAGUAUUUGGUUUUAAACAUACUUAAGUAUCAAAAGUAAAUGGAAUUGCUAAAAUAUACUUAAGUAUCAAAAGUAAAAGUAUAAAUCAUUUCACAUUCCUUAUAUUAAGCAAACCAGACGGCACAAUUUUCUUGUUUUUUAAAUUUACGGAUAGCCAGGGGCACAGGCCAACACUCAGACAUAAUUUACAAAUGAAGCAUUUGUGUUUAGUGAGUCUGCCAGAUAAGAGGCAGUAGGGAUGACCAGGGAUGUUCUCUUGAUGUGUGUGAAUUGGACUAUUUUCCUGUCCUGCUAAGCAUUUUAAAUGUAACGAGCACUUUUGGGUGUCAGGGAAAAUGUAUGGAGUAGAAAGGACAUUACUUUCUUUAGGAAUGUAGUGGAUUAAAAGUAAAAGUUGUCAAACAUAUAAAUAGUAAAGUAAAGUACAGAUACCCCAAAAAACUACUUAAGUAGUACUUUCAAUAUUUUUACUUAAGUACUUUACACCACUGGUAAAGUGUCCAAUCAUGAUCACACUCAAUAACAGUAAGAACACAUAUUGGUAUGGUGUUUUAAAUUGUAUUAAACAUAUUGUUACAUGCAUGCCUAUUAUAAUAAAGAGUAGGCCUAAAACAGAUUCAGCUGCUUAUAAUGAGAUAAUGGGUCAGAUGUAAUGCUGGAGAUGUUUCCUGUUUGAGAGGACCGAUUUAGCGUUCUUACGCCCUCUGCUGAAAACCAGCUGUACUGAAGGAACUGUGUGAGGAGGGGAGUCUGAUAGAAACCCUGUAGCCAACAGAGGGAGCAAAGUGACAGAGAAAUGCAUAUCCUUACAAGAGGAGGUGGAUCAAAUAAAACAAAGGUGAUGUGUACAAAACAAGCGCUAUCAGUCAGACAAACUUAAUCGUAUUGUUGAACUGUAACCACACUGGCAUGAGUUUGAAUGUCAUCGAAGGUAGGCCUACUUAGCAUAUGUAUCACAGAAAAAGGUGUGAACCCUCCAAGUGCAAGGGAAGGUUGUCUGGUCAAAGGGGAUUUUUUUGAAGAGCAAACAUUUUAGUAGAAUAAUCAGAAAGAUAGGCCACAUAACCCCACUUAAUUUGUUUAAAGAAACUAACUCAUACUCACCCUUUACAUUUUAAAGGGGAGAGUAAUGUAGUCGACUAGGUGAAAAAUCUGUCGAUGUGCCCUUGAGCAAGGCACUUAACCCUAAUUGCUCCUGUAAGUCGCUCUGGAUAAGAGCGUCUGCUAAAUGACUAAAAUGUUAAAUGUUAAUGUAAAACAGAACAUGUUUCUUGAUUAAUAAAUCUCUCUCGUUAUAUUGCAACAUUACAAAGGACACGAUGGAGAUAGUUUUUAAUGCAUGUUUUGUUGUUUAAAAACUUGUCUUUAAGUUGUAAAAAUCGACCAAUCAUUCAAUCAAUCAACUGUGUCAAAAUACCUCGCCCCGGGGGGCGAAAUGGAUCAGUCUCCCGCACACACACGGCCCUGACUGGUACUGAGCUCCAUUAUUAGCCUGAGUCAGAGUCGCUAAACACCGCCUCCUCAGCUGGGUCUGGGAGGAAAAAUAUUCAUUACGUAACUAUAAAAGUUCGGUCUCUGGCUCCACUUCCUGAAUACCACAGUGGCUAGGCCUGCGACAGCGGACCAGCCCGGAAGCCUCACUCUCUCUAUUUGUGUGUUUGGGCAGAGCUCACUCUCUUUCGUUUAUCCCUCGCAACACAUUCCCACCACCCCUCCUCCUCCACAUCUCCUCUUUGUGGGUCAGUGCAGCAGGAGUGACGCAGCAGUGUCAGCGCCUCAUCGGCCUACAGACAGGCAGCGUCUCAGGAGUGGACUGGAGGGAGAAUCUGUGUGCCCAGGCUGGGCCCUGA